AUUUAUAAACUCUUUCGAUAUUUAACUAAAGAAAUUCAUAAGUAAGUAGGACAAUGUACUCGAUUCGUUAUUUGGCGCCGUUCUGUUCGCGUGUUCUAGUUCCACAGCUGAGUCGCUGUUUGGGUGCGAGAAGUUCCAGUUCCUCCUUGGCCAAUAACUCAGCCAAGUUAUUUACGUUUGGCAAUAUCGGUUAUAGUGGCACAAAUCCCAAUGCGAGGAGAAACAUUAUCACACGAUAAUGUGAGUCUUUGCAUACAGUUCAAUUGAUUCAUUUCAAUGGUUGUGGAGUGUCAGAGUGGACAGUAGGCAAUAUAGGAUGGGAUUGCGACGUGUCGCGUAGAGACAGUUGGAAAUUGUCAACAAGUAAAUUAGCCAUAGCCGGAAUCGAAAUCGAAUGGGACCAAAGCAAAGUUAUGCUGAGUGAUUCCAAGUAAUAUAUCAAUAAAUUAUCCAACUCCAACACCAACUCCAAGCUCAAGCUGAAUCUGAAGCCUCAUGCAAAACGCGUAACGAGCUUCGACCAGUUCAAUAAUCCCCCUUGGAUGAGGAAAGUCCAAAAAACAUUGAUCCGAUACCUCCGAUGCGAUGUCGAUGGUGAUGGUGAUGACGAUUGUGAUUGCGAUACCGAUAUAUAGUUUUUAUUCUAAAUAGAUAUUGCACAUGUGGCGGGUGGUUCGAUGGCUCGUUCUGUAGGCCAAAAUUAAGUUAUACGCCCCUAAUAAUAUGCAAUGCGUUCAUUUAUUCAUCGCCUUUAAGUUGCGACACCACAAGCUAUUCAUAUAUUCAAAAAUUUAUCAUAAAGUCUGACCGGGUCGGACCCUUCUUACGUGACCGGCUCGUUAUAGGAAUCUAAAGCGGAAAGCUCAGUUUCUUAUUCUCUUACGUUUGCUGUUGCUCAAUCCGAAAUCUUCUUUUGAUCUAUCCACAGCGCCCAUGACCAGCAGCAGCAGAAGAGCAGGAGCCACAGCUAAACUAAAUAUCAGAUUAUAGCCGACAAUCGGAAUCUCUUCCAGCUGCUCUUGUGAGGCGGAGCAGUCGGGGAAGAGGCGAUCCUAGGCAUAAUGUGUUCAAUAUUUCGUAAUCGCAUCAAUUACCGGGGCACAGGUACACGCAGUACAACAUCUGCUGGUAGUGGCAGCUCGACAGGUGCCGGAGCUGUUACUGGAGCAGGAGUUGGGGAUAGAGAUAAUCUGCUGGCCAAGGAACUCAAUGCCGACAGCAACAACAACGGCAGUAUAGCGGAUGAGGUGCCACAACUUCAUCCGAAUGCAGGAACAGAUGGAGAACUACCAAUGGAAGUAUCGGUGGAAACAUCCUUGCCAUCGUUGAAUGAAGACCAGCAGCCGGAGAACAGCAAUGAGGCUCUGGAUCUUUCCGUAAUCUCUGGCAGUCGAUUGCCCACAUCGGGGCACGUCGCACUUGAAGCUUUACAACAUACCAAAGUGGCGGUGGCGCAGUUCGCCGCAACGGCGCUAGCAGGAGCAGCCGAUCCCAGCGAUCUGGCCAUGGUACAGUCGACGAUCUUCAAUGUGCAGCGCCAACAUCUGAUGCAACUGCAGCUCAUCCAGCAUCUACAGAGUCAAUUGAAGAGGGCCGGAGGCGUGGUCGCUGCCCUCAGCAGACAGGGGCGGAACGAUGAAGAGCGCGACGACGUGGAAGAGGAGGAAGAUGCGGAAGUGGAGGCGGAAGCGGAGGUGGAGGAACAGAAGGUGCGAGAGACCGAGCAGGAAUAUCUGGUCAAGGGAAAGCCAAGGAUGAAUGGUGAAGUGCUCGAGGAUGACCACGUGCGGCUUAAGGAGAGUUUAAAGACUGAUGGGCAUAACUUGACCUUGAAAAUGGCAAUCGAGUGCAAUAAGGAAAGUGAAGGCGAACGGGAAAGAGAGCGAGAAAGAGAGCACAUCAAGCGGGAGGAUGAGCGCGAGAUUGAGGCGGAAGUCGAACCCGAGACGGAGAAUGAGUAUCAACCGCUAAUGUGCGAUAUCAGCUCCAGUCUGGCAUCGAGUAUUAUCACCAACCACGACCCGCCGCCAGCGCCCAAUGAGCCCAACUGCCUGGAGAUGCUGCAACGCCGCACGGAGGAGGUAUUGGAUUCCGCAUCGCAGAGCCUUCAUGCUGCACAAAUGCAAGAGGAGUACUCGGAAUAUGCCUCGAAAGAAGCACAGAGUCGCGGAGAGAUCUUUAAGCAUCGCUGUAAGUAUUGCGGCAAGAUCUUUGGCAGCUACUCAGCCCUGCAGAUCCAUCUGCGUUCCCACACCGGUGAACGACCCUUCCACUGCAACGUGUGUGGCAGCAAGUUCACAACUAAAGGUAAUCUCAAAGUCCACUACCAGCGUCACACUCAGAUCUUUCCUCCCAUGAUGCUGCCGCCUGUAGUAAAUGGAGGGGCCAUAGCAGGAGCAGGAGGAGGAUCAUCCUCGGGAAGUGCAGAACAGUUUGCCGCUCUGACGCCAAUUCGGUUACCCUUUGUGCCACCCGCGCCUCUUGCACCGCCACCACCACCUAGCAGAGAUCCUUGUGCCCAGGAGCAGCAGCAAGCGCAGUCAAUACAGCAGAUUCAUCAACAGCAAGAGCAACAAAUGCUUCCGCAGGCCGAGGAUCUCAGUAAGUCGAUUCGGGAGAAGUCUCAAUCGCCCCUUGAACGUGCACAGACACCAACACCAAGUCCCAUCCUACCUCCCAUUCCUGUCAUAACACCAAGUAAAUCCGUGUCCGAUCGUAAUAGAUGCCAGAGCGUAGUUCCAACGGAUCCCUCACCUGAGAAACAAGAAAAGGAGAAGCCCAAAGAUAGUCCCAAGCCAAGUCAAACGACACCCCGUCGGAAUGGCAGUGUGCGAAAGCGACAGACAAGCAAUGCAGGCAGUCCGCCAGGCGAGGAUAGAGCGGCAGAGCAUGCUGAGCAUUUGCACAUUGCCAAGCUCGUGCGUCGCUCCUCCGCUAGCAGGGAUGGCUCAUUGGGUCUGCCUGCCGGAACGGGGGCCGGAGAGUAUUCACUGGCGCAGAUGGAACGCAUCAUAGACAAGUCAUGGGAGGAUCUAAUUGAGAUAGACAAGACAUCGGAGACGUCGAAGCUUCAGCAGCUGGUGGACAAUAUUGAGAACAAGUUGACGGAUCCUAAUCAGUGCAUCUUUUGCCAAAAGGUUAUGUCUUGCCGCAGCUCCCUUCAGAUGCAUAUUAGAACCCACACAGGUGAAAGACCCUUUCGCUGCAAGAUCUGUGGACGUGCCUUUGCCACCAAAGGCAAUCUGAAGGCACACAUGAGCAUACACAAAAUCAAACCGCCCAUGCGUAGUCAGUUCAAAUGUCCUGUGUGCCAUCAGAAGUUCUCCAAUGGCAUCAUUCUUCAGCAGCACAUUCGCAUCCACACUAUGGAUGAUGGUAGCGCUGUGCAAGGUCAAGGGCAGAGCCAGAGUCUAGGAGCUGGCGAUGUCGAACGUCUGGGCAUUGAGGAUCAGAACUCAAACAAGUCAUUGGGUACUUCAGACACCCUGGACUUCUCCACCACUAUCUCUGAUCAUUCAGGACAACGUUCCGAGUCGUCGCAGGGCGGCGACUUCGAUGAGUUCAUGACCAUGGACAGCACAGACGAUUCGCGUGACAAUUCGAGUGCCACAACAAUCACCACAACGCCUCUGGACAGAGAAAGAGAUCGAGACAGACGACCCACUGCUCAUGAUUGCUGUGAUGAACGUUCCAGAUCCGAUUUGGAGGGUGGUGGACGCGAAAGUACCAACGGUACCGAACUGCCUCCCAUGGAUCUCUCAUCUCCAUCGUCGGCAGCUGCGGCAGCGGCCCGUCUCUUUGGCGUAAACAACGGUGGAGCGGUGUUACCCAUGCACGGCAUGCCCCUGCUACCCCCAAAUCUGCUGUUGAUGGCCGCAGCUCGCGAGGAGAUGCACGCCCUAGGACAGGCACAUGCCAAGUUUCCGCUGUUGCCCUUCGGACCGCUCGGAUUUAUGGGUCUGCAACCGCCCCCCAAUGUGUGCAACUUGUGCUUCAAGAUGCUACCCAGUCUCCCCGCCUUGGAGGCCCAUCUGCAAUGCGAACAUGCCAAAGAAGUUACAAUUCCCUCGGUCCGCACCCACACUAACGAAGCGACGUCACCACACGCAGCCAAGCUCUCUCUCAAUCCAAAUCUGUUUGCCAAGAAGUCAAAGCCGCCAUCGACGCCGACACCAACGCCGACGCCGACUGUGACUCCAACUCCAAAUCCGAUGCAGGAGCUGAUGCUGGCGCCGGCGGAGUCAGUGGCAACUAAUGCGGCGUCCAUCAAAGAAGAUCCCGACUCCCAGCAGCUGCUGGCCGAUGAGGCAGGCUGCGAGGGGAGUGCUGCAGCUGCUGUCACGUGCAACAACAAUCCUACAACAACGAACAACAGUAGCGCGGGCUUUCAGCAGGAGAGUGCAGCCGAUGCGGAACAGUCCCUGAUGAAGAUGCAGCUGCAUGCUCAUCGCUUUCCAGCUAGUCCGCUGGACUUUCAACAGGCCUUGAUGUCAGCCGGGCCGCCCAGCUCCAGCCUCGAUCCGCCAAUAAACAAUAAGCAUUUCUGCCACGUUUGCCGGCGCAACUUUAGCUCCAGUUCCGCGCUCCAGAUCCACAUGCGAACCCACACCGGAGACAAGCCCUUUCAAUGCAAUGUGUGCCAGAAGGCUUUCACUACCAAGGGUAACCUCAAGGUUCAUAUGGGCACGCACAUGUGGACCAAUCCAACAUCGCGUCGUGGUCGUCGCAUGUCCUUGGAGCUGCCUAUGCGACCUGGACCUGGAACUGGUCCUGGUUCUACUGGAGCCCAUGGAACAGCCACUGCCGAGCAGGAAUUUAUGCAGCGUCGACCUGAACUAUUCUUUCCCUAUUUGCCACCAUUUUUCAACGGAAUGCCCCCCAAGCCUGGUGAACUAAGUCCUGGUGCCUUUGGAAACAUACCGCCUCCGCAUUUUGCCAACGGUGCAAAGUAUCCAUAUCCACCGGGUCUGCUGAGUUUUCCAGGCUUUCUAGGUGCAGGCCAGCAUCCCCAUCCGCAUCCCCAUCCAUACGCCAUGGAACGAAGGAGUACCAGCAAGUCGCCAACAUCGGAGCCCGCACAGAGUCCAUCGUCCCGUGAGGAUGAAGGAUCGCUGGGCAGCAAUAUCUGGCAUCCCUUGAGUAGCAUCAAGCUAGAGAACAAUCAAAAUGAGAGUACUGGCAACCAAAGCGAACUCGAUCAAGAUCUGGAACAGGAGGACAAUGGAGAUGGCGAUGGAGUAGAAACUGGAGUUAGAGAUGUCGAUGAGAAUGCCGAUGUUGAUCCGGAGGCGGGCGUUACAGAGCUUUCAGAUCUAAUGGCUAGGUCGGAGAAGUAGCCGAUGAUGAAUGAUGAAUUUGGCCGAUUGAAACACACAUGGUUUUUGUGGACUACAUAUCUUGAGCAUAAAACUACGCUAAGCUUGAUUUAGCACACACACACAGACAUAGUCACACCCCCACACACACAAACACACCUACACAAACACUAGCAUAUAUACGCGGUAUAUACGAUAUAUAUUAGUAUAUGGGAUAUAUCAUCUGUGUCUAUAUAAAUAUAGUACGAGUAAUUGAUA